GGGCAGAGUCCGGCGGAUGGGGCGUGAGGGACCGGGAGGUGGGUCCCCGGCUUCGCGGAGUGGAUGGCGGGGGGCGCGAGCGCAGCCGAGAAGCGCAGCUGGGACCAGCAGUGGGGCGUCGACCCCUCCCAUCUGUCACAGACACUCGCCGUCCCGUUCCAUCCGAGCCCACUCGGAACGUUCGCCGACUGCGGGCCCCGGGGGAGCCGGACCCUGAUGCCAUGGGAGGCUCUGCGGGCUCGCUGCGACGCCUUUCCGAUUCCGAGGGAGAGUUGAUCUCCCAGGAAUCUGAGGAACCGCGGCCCCCUCAGGACCGGCGGGGCGCCCAUUGGAAGAACGUGGUUGGCUUCUGGAUCUUGGGCCUUUGCAACAACUUCUCUUAUGUGGUGAUGCUCAGCGCUGCUCAUGACAUCCUCAGCCACCAGAAGGAGUCUGGAAACCAAAGCCAUGUAGGCCCAGGCCCCCACAAUAAAUCAUCUCGCUUUGACUGCAACCCUGUCUCCACAGCUGCGGUGCUCCUGGCAGACAUCCUCCCCACACUCGUCAUCAAAUUGCUGGCUCCCUUCGGCCUUCAUCUGCUGCCCUACAGCCCCCGGGUUCUCUGCAGUGGGUUUUGUGCGGCUGGAAGCUUCAUCCUGAUCGCGUUUUCCCGCUCGGUGCCGGUCAGCCUGUGUGGUGUGGUCUUGGCUAGCAUCUCAUCAGGCCUGGGGGAGGUCACCUUCCUCGCACUCACCGCCUUCUACCCGAGGGCUGUGAUCUCCUGGUGGUCCUCAGGUACCGGGGGAGCAGGGCUACUGGGGGCAUUGUCCUACCUGGGCCUCACCCAGGCUGGCCUCUCCCCCCAGCACACCCUGCUGUCCAUGCUGGGCAUCCCCGUCUUGCUGCUGGCCAGCUAUUUCUUUUUGCUCACAUCGCCCGAGCCCCAGGACCCUGGAGGGGAAGAAGAGGCAGAGAGGGCGGCUCGGCAGCCCCUGAUAAGCGGCGAAGACCCCGAGGCCCCGGAGCGGAAGCCAGACUCCAGCUCAGGCCUCUCCCUUCAUGAGAAGUGGACUGUGUUCAAGGGCCUGCAGUAUUACAUCCUCCCGCUGAUCCUGGUUUACUUUGCCGAGUACUUCAUCAACCAGGGGCUUUUUGAACUCCUCUUCUUCCGGAACACAUCCCUGAAUCACGCUCAGCAGUACCGCUGGUACCAGAUGCUGUACCAAGCCGGCGUCUUUGCCUCCCGCUCCUCUCUUCGCUGCUUUCACAUCCGCUUCACAUGGACCCUGGCCCUGCUGCAGUGUCUCCAGGAACUGGGGCCACUGGCGGGAUGGCAGCCUCCCUUCUCCUGCCGCGAGUCCAGGCUCAGCCCUGCCCCCCACCUGCACCCACAGUGCUUCAACCUGGUCUUCCUGCUGCUGCACGUGUGGCUGAACUUCCUGCCCAGCAUCUACCUCGUCUUCCUGAUCAUUCUGUACGAGGGGCUCCUGGGGGGUGCCGCCUACGUGAACACCUUCCACAACGUCGCCCUGGAGACCAGUGACGAGCACCGGGAGUUUGCCAUGACAACCACCUGUAUUUCGGACACCUUGGGGAUCUCCCUGUCAGGGCUCACGGCCCUGCCCCUGCACGACCUCCUCUGCCACCUCCCCUGACACUGGGCUUCUGGGGACCUGACAGAUGGGCAGGCCGACCCCGGGCCCACAGCCCAGGGCCCAGCCAUGAGCUCUGCCCCUGGACUUCCCUGCACAGCGGGGUUUUAGAGAAGCUGGGUUCCGUCCCCCCUGGUCAAGGGGCGGCCACUUUCUCCCCCUCCACGCUGAUCUCUGGGACUUUCUUGGAAUUAUGCCCUCGGAAUAAAUGCCUAUAUUUAUCCAUUGA